AAAGAUAAACAGAUGAGAGUUCACAAGCUGUCUGGGGAAGGAGGCAUACACUCUGCUAGCCACUUUAGAGAUGUGAUUGAGAGACUCGGCCAUGAUGGAGGAAGCAUCGCAAGUGUUUUAUGUCAGCAGGACUUCUAACUUGAUCAAGAUGGAGUCUGCCUUCUCCAGCCUUUCCAGCCUUUGCAGCCGUGGUUGUCUGUAACUGGAGGAUCUCUUACUGGAGUGGACAACAUGGCAGAUCACACUCUCUUCCUUGACCCACGCAUUUGAAAUCUUCUUUCCCUGACUUCCAUCCCUUUGAGUGUCAUAUGGAAUGCAUCUCCUUGUCUGCUGUUAAACUAUGAUGACAUGUCUGUAGCUAUCAGAAAGAGGAGCUGGGAAGAGCAUGUGACCCAACAGACAGAACAGCCUUUUAUUUCUGAUGAGUAUGACAUAGCAUGUCAUCACGGACUGGCAUCCGACAGCUUGGAGGGAAGGAUGGAAAAAGAUGCGACCUUAAAUGUGGACCAUAAAGAGAAGUGUGCCUCUCUACCAGACCGCUGUUGUGGGUCAGAGACAAGAGACUUUCCUGGGAGGCCAAUGGGUCACAUUGCACAGGAAAUAGAUGAAAGUGACAGCCAAGAAGGGGAGGAGCGGUUUCUAUCACUUGAGGCCAGCACAGAAACACUAGUACACAUUUCAGAUGAGGAUACUGAUUCUGAUCUAAACGUUAUCAAUGACUCACAGAUUUUAACUCUGCAAAGACAUGAGGGAGACAGCCAAGAUAGUGUCAAAGGAGCAGGCUCCUUCAUGAAGACACUGUCCACCAUGCAAAGUAGCCAAGAUUCUCAUAACACCUGGAGGAUGGCUGGUAAUGCUGAUAUGUCUCCAGCAGAAGGAAGUGGAGAAAGGAAAGAUGUUGAGGCUAUAAGUAAAAGCCUGGAGCUUUGUAAGAAUACAAGUGCAAAUGAAACAAAAGAUGUGCCCAUAGGAAAUACAUUUCUGUCUUUGAAUGCGGAAGAUGACAUCACUCCUAAGACACUACUGCUUGAUUCUUCGGUACUCGUAAAAGAUAUCACACCUGAGACACAACUGUUUGAUUCUGCAGUCAUCACUCAACAAUGCAGGAAAUCUGACUUCCCUAAAGAUGACCAGGAAAAUAAUCGGCACCAUGUCUUAGAAGAAGACUUCUUAGCAGCUCCUUAUGCAGACAGAGGGCUGCCAUUAUUAAAAGCAGAUUGUGGAAGCAGCCUUCUGCAGCCUCCUUCCUGCCCUGGUGGGAUGUCAGCAGAAAAUGACCUGGAGAAGAGUGGGUUCUCAGAAUAUCAAAACAAAAGCACUCUCAGGGUCAGCAGGGAAGAUGGCAUGCAGUGUUUACACUUAAGGGGCCCCGUGACCACCCAGGAGACUGUAGACAAUCAAGUCAGACUGCGCAAGAGAAAGGAAACAAGGGAAGAUCGAGACAGGACACGGCUGGACUCCAUGGUGCUGCUCAUUAUGAAACUGGACCAACUAGACCAAGACAUAGAGAAUGCUCUCAGCACUGCCUCCUCUCCAUCCAGCACCCCAACGAACCUGCGACGGCAUGUCCCUGAUCUGGAAUCAGGAUCUGAAAGCGGAACAGACAGUAUGGCAGUAAAUCAGACACAGGUGAAUCUGUCUUCAGAGUCCACCGAUCCAUCAUCCACUCCAGCAAGCAAUUCUGGAACCAAACCCAAAGCCAUGGCUGUUCCAUGUGUUGGAGAAAAGGAAAUGGCUGAAAUUGAAGCCAAGGAAGCUUGUGACUGGCUGAGAGUGACUGGUUUCCCCCAGUAUGCACAGCUGUACGAAGAUCUACUGUUCCCUAUUGAUAUUGGGCUGGUCAAGAGAGAACAUGAUUUCUUGGACAGAGACGCCAUCGAGGCUCUCUGCAGGCGAUUAAAUACUCUAAACAAGUGUGCAGUCAUGAAGCUGGAGAUCAGUCCUCACCGGAAGCGAAGUGAGGAUUCGGAUGAAGAUGAGCCUUGCGCCAUAAGCGGCAAGUGGACUUUCCAGAGGGACAGCAAGCGGUGGUCCCGCCUUGAAGAGUUUGACGUCUUUUCCCCAAAGCAGGAUCCAAUCCCUGGGUCACCAGACAAUUCUCGUUUGCAAAGCGCCACAAGCCACGAAAGCAUGCUGACAGACCUCAGCGAGCACCAGGAGGUGGCCUCUGUCCGAAGCCUCAGCAGCACCAGCAGCAGCGUCCCCACCCAUGCAGCCCACAGUGGAGAUGCCACUACGCCCCGAACCAAUUCCGUCAUCAGCGUCUGCUCCUCCGGACACUUUGUAGGCAACGAUGACUCUUUUUCCAGCCUGCCGUCUCCCAAGGAACUCUCCAGCUUCAGUUUUAGCAUGAAAGGCCACCACGAGAAGAACACCAAGUCGAAGACGCGGAGCCUGCUCAAACGCAUGGAGAGCCUGAAGCUCAAGGGCUCCCACCACAGCAAGCACAAAGCGCCUUCCAAGCUGGGGUUGAUCAUCAGUGCUCCCAUUCUGCAGGAGGGUAUGGAUGAGGCGAAGCUGAAGCAGCUGAACUGUGUGGAGAUCUCAGCCCUCAAUGGCAACCACAUCAACGUGCCCAUGGUACGGAAAAGAAGCGUGUCUAACUCCACCCAGACCAGCAGCAGCAGCAGCCAAUCAGAGACCAGCAGCGCCGUCAGCACACCCAGCCCGGUCACCAGGACCCGGAGCCUCAGCACCUGUAACAAGCGGGUGGGCAUGUAUCUAGAGGGCUUUGACCCAUUCAGUCAGUCCACCUUGAACAACGUGACGGAGCAGAACUAUAAAAACCGUGAGAGCUACCCAGAGGACACAGUGUUCUACAUUCCCGAAGAUCACAAGCCGGGCACCUUCCCUAAGGCCCUCUCCCAUGGCAGUUUCUGUCCCUCGGGAAGCAGUUCUGUGAACUGGAGGACCGGAAGCUUCCAUGGCCCUGGCCAUCUCAGCCUACGGAGAGAAAACAGCCAUGACAGUCCUAAGGAGCUGAAGAGACGCAAUUCUUCCAGCUCUCUGAGCAGCCGCCUGAGCAUCUAUGAUAACGUACCGGGUUCUAUCCUGUACUCCAGCUCGGGAGAACUGGCCGACUUGGAGAAUGAGGAUAUCUUCCCUGAGCUGGAUGACAUUCUCUACCACGUGAAGGGGAUGCAGCGGAUAGUCAACCAGUGGUCUGAGAAGUUUUCCGACGAGGGAGACUCGGACUCAGCCCUGGACUCUGUCUCUCCUUGCCCGUCAUCUCCAAAACAGAUACACCUGGAUGUGGACCAUGACCGAAGGACACCCAGUGACCUGGACAGCACAGGCAACUCCCUCAAUGAGCCUGAAGAGCCCACUGAUAUCCCCGAAAGAAGAGACUCAGGGGUGGGGGCUUCCCUGACCAGGUGCAAUAGGCACAGACUGAGGUGGCACAGCUUCCAGAGUUCCCACCGGCCGAGCCUCAACUCCGUGUCACUACAGAUUAACUGCCAGUCUGUGGCCCAGAUGAACCUGCUGCAGAAAUACUCGCUCCUGAAACUGACGGCCCUGCUGGAAAAGUACACGCCUUCCAACAAGCACGGCUUCAGCUGGGCUGUGCCCAAGUUCAUGAAAAGGAUCAAGGUUCCAGAUUACAAGGACCGGAGUGUGUUUGGGGUCCCACUGACUGUGAACGUGCAGCGCUCAGGACAGCCCCUGCCCCAGAGCAUCCAGCAGGCCAUGCGCUACCUCCGGAACCACUGUCUGGACCAGGUCGGGCUCUUCAGGAAGUCAGGUGUCAAAUCCCGGAUCCAGGCUCUACGCCAGAUGAAUGAAAGCGCUGAAGAUAAUGUCAACUAUGAAGGCCAGUCUGCUUAUGAUGUGGCAGACAUGUUAAAGCAAUAUUUUCGAGAUCUUCCUGAGCCCCUCAUGACGAACAAACUCUCCGAAACCUUCCUGCAGAUCUACCAGUAUGUGCCCAAGGACCAGCGCCUCCAAGCCAUCAAGGCGGCCAUUAUGCUCCUGCCUGACGAGAACCGGGAGGUUCUCCAGACACUUCUCUAUUUCUUGAGCGAUGUCACAGCGGCUGUGAAAGAAAACCAGAUGACUCCCACCAACCUGGCUGUGUGCUUAGCUCCGUCCCUCUUCCACCUCAACACCCUGAAGCGAGAGAAUUCUUCUCCAAGGGUAAUGCAAAGAAAACAGAGUUUGGGCAAACCAGACCAGAAAGACCUGAAUGAAAACCUAGCGGCCACUCAAGGGCUGGCCCACAUGAUUGCUGAGUGCAAGAAGCUCUUCCAGGUCCCUGAGGAAAUGAGCCGGUGCCGUAACUCCUACACUGAACAAGAGCUGAAGCCCCUUACCCUGGAGGCCUUGGGACACCUGAAUAGUGACCAGCCUGCUGACUACAGACACUUCCUCCAGGACUGUGUGGAUGGCCUGUUUAAGGAGGUCAAAGAGAAGUUCAAAGGCUGGGUCAGCUACCCCACCUCCGAACAGGCUGAGCUGUCCUAUAAGAAGGUCAGCGAAGGACCCCCGUUAAGGCUUUGGAGGUCAACUAUCGAAGUCCCCGCUGCACCCGAGGAGAUCUUAAAGCGCCUUCUGAAGGAGCAGCACCUCUGGGAUGUGGACCUAUUGGACUCCAAGGUGAUUGAAAUCCUGGACAGCCAGACUGAAAUCUACCAGUACGUCCAAAACAGCAUGGCGCCCCACCCUGCGCGGGACUACGUCGUAUUGAGGACCUGGAGGACUAACUUACCCAGGGGGGCCUGUGCUCUCUUACUCACCUCUGUGGAUCACGACCGGGCCCCCGUGGCGGGGGUGAGGGUUAAUGUGCUCCUGUCCAGAUAUUUGAUUGAACCCUGCGGGUCAGGAAAAUCCAAGCUUACCUACAUGUGCAGAGCUGAUUUAAGGGGCCACAUGCCGGAGUGGUACUCAAAAUCUUUUGGACAUUUGUGUGCAGCCGAAGUGGUAAAGAUCCGAGACUCCUUCAGUAAUCAGAACACUGAAAGCAAGGACACGAGAUCUAGGUGAUAACCGACGUGAAUGAAGCACCCGUGUCUGCAACCCGGGCAGUUGUUGCUAUUGCCUUGCCAGUCCUUGGAAGAAGAGGUCAUCUGGGUCUGAUUGACUGUAGAGAUUUGACACGUUCAUAAAGCUGCUUCCUGUCUGUCUUAGGUCUAUGUGGUAGACCUUGACUGGAAUAUAUAACACUUGGGGGCAGGGGUGGGUGGUGGGGUACCUGUAUUAUUCAGAUUGCUUCUGAGAAGCAAGAACUUUUUCGGCGCGUAAUGGAAGAUAACGAAGAGGUGUCGUUCUUUUGUGACGUCAGCGUAUGUGUACCUAUUCCUUUGUUUGCCGCGUACUGAGGGACCGAUGUAUCCACUGGAAUAGUUGGUACUCUCGGACAGGUUUUCUCACUGAGAUGAGCAGAGAAGGGUUUGCACAGAGGAGUGUGAAUGUGUGUGUUGCUGGCUGAGUGGCACGGAUGAAGGGAUGGGAUGCAGUGUCUGGCACACUGAGAUGUUCCGCAAAGGAUGCUGAUCUACCAGGUUUAGCUCAACCUGGAAUAGCUGACUACCCAGGGAGCCACCCAGACAGGGAAUCCAGCUUCCUUCUUCACCCGCCCCCUCCAGGGUUAUUAAGCAUUUUUUUUUUCUUUUCUGCAAACCUUUGCUUUCCCAUAAACUGUAGCUUCCCCAUGACUAGGAAUUUAACCAUAAGACUAGUUCAGGACUAAGCAUCAGGCUUCCUUCCCUUCUUUGAUUGGCUCCAAAGGCUUUUAUUUAAGUGAGAUGGAAAAGCUGAAUGCUGACCCACCCACCCAUAAGCAAAGUAUCAACGCUUUCUGAUUUCCAGUCCUGGGUGCUGAACCCAGAGCCUUUUAUGUGCUGGGCAAGUGCUCUACAGUUUUCACUCUUUAUUCUGAGACAGGGUCUCCCCAUGUUGGCCAGGCUGGUCUUGAACAACCGCCUCACUCUAUAGCCCAAGUUAUCUAGGUCUAAUAGUUGGGAUAAGGGGCUCAGCUCAGUUUACCUGCUACAAUUCAUAGUAUAGUGUUGCUUGUGACAUAAACUCCAAGAUACACAAGGGAGCACAGGGAACUAUGUCCCCAGCAGGUCUAACCCAACCAAGCACAAGAGGCUGUUAAUGGUGGGUGGUGGUGUCGGUGUUCCUGACGGCUAUGUGUGUAUUUUAAUGGGGUUUGUCCUCAUCCACAAAUAAUUCAUUUUUUGUUAUUUUUCCUGUGUUUCAUUUUUUUUCUCUCCCUCUCUCUCUCAUUAUGCCCUUGAACUGUAUUUUAGUGAUAGUGGGGGAUAGUAAUCUCAGUGAAAAGCAAACAGCGCAGGGUUUUGGAAAGGUGGUCUUUAUACAGGUUUUACUGUAAUGGUAAGGAUUGACUCGAGACAGUAUUAGUAAAUUUAUUUUGUAUGGAUCAAAACAGUGAGUACCGUAUGAAUGAGAGCUGAAGAAGGACUUUUAUUUUGUUAUAACAUUGUUACCUUGUCAGUAUUAUUUCAAAGGUUCUUUGAAGAAUGGGGGGAGGGGUCAAAGUAGAGUUUUAAAGGCUGAGUAUUUCGAAUUAUCAGUGUUGCUUUGUGAAGAUAUGUGUGUGUGUAUAUUCAACUUUGAUGGCUUCCAGAUCUGUAAGAUUGUAUGCUGUAUAUACCGUUCUAUUGAGAAACAUGUACACAUGUCUGUCUACUGUGCUUUCAGACAUAGAUAAAGCAUGAUAAAGAUUAUUAUUUAAGAUAUACUUGUAUUUAUACCUCAGAUAUUCUUUCGGGUUUUGUACCUCAAGGUUCCCCUCCCCACAUUGUAAAUACACUUUAAAUGAAUACAGUUUUAGAGAACAAAAGAAAAAAAUAGAAUAAAUAAAGGAAGAGGUUUAUAAUUUGCCCUAUAUCUGUACAGAGUAUAUUCGGUAAGUGCACUAUUAAACGUCUAAGGGAAGAGUCUGGCCUGCUCUCUGACUUACACCUUCCUCGCCCUUAGAAGCAGGGAUUGCAAAGCUUAGCCCCCCCCCCCCCCCGUGCCAAGCAAAGUCCAAAGAUACAUCAGCUAAAAGAGAAGUCAGACGACAAUGACGAAUCAUUCCAAGGCCAAGCUGCAACUGAGCCACUCACCCACCAACAGGAAAGCUUGGUGAAGGUUCAGGAAGCCUGGAGAGUCUCUCCAGACCAAGGUCAGAAAGGAUGCCCAGAGGAGGUUCCAAGAACGGAGCAACAGCAACGCAACGAUGCUUAGAAGCAAAGGAAAGGUCACUGAUGCGUCCGCAAGAGGUCUCUUUACCAUGUUUGAUUUUCCUGUUGAAGGGAUUACCUACGUCUGGCCAGAGGAGAGAAUUCAGAGCACGGGACUUUCCAAGAACUGGGGUUAAUAACAUCUUGUUACUGUGGCCACGAUUUGUCCCCGUGAUGACUCUCGGGUCUAGAUUGUGAGUUCUUCAAGGGCAGGCUCAUCUCCUGCACAUCUUUAUACUUCUUUACAGCAGCUGUCAGUGUUUUGUACUUGUAGACAACUAAUAAAUUGAUCAUUUGCUAAAGAAUACUGA